UCUCAGCGCAGCGGCGACAGGAGCUGGAUCUGCGCGCUCCAGGACCGCGCUCUGCUGCUGCUGCUGCUGCUCCCCGGCUCCCACGCACUCUCCCCGGGACACCCACCGCGGCAGCUCCCCCCUCCGCUCCUGCAGGAUUAUCACUGGGAUUCGUAUUUAUUUUCACCAUCAUCAUCAUGGCGACGCUAGGACCGGAGUGCGCCUCUCGCCCCCCGGUCUCCCAGCUCGCCUCUGCCCCGCUCCAGAGUCACAUCGUCGGCGUCAAUCUGCCCCAUAACCGCGGGCUGGAGCGGGCUCUGGAGGAGGCGGCGGUCAGCGGGGUGCUCAACCUCAGCGCCCGCAAGAUGAAGGAGUUUCCCCGGACUGCGGCGAACCACGACCUGUCGGACACGGUGGAGGCAGACUUGUCCAAAAACAGACUGGCGGACGUGCCUUCAGAAGUGUGUCAGCUGGUGGCGCUAGAGAGUCUCAACCUGUAUCACAACUGCAUCAGGACUGUACCAGACACCAUGAUCAGCCUGCAGUCCCUCACCAACCUCAACCUCAGUCGGAACCAGUUGUGUGCGUUGCCGGCGUGUCUGUGCAGUCUUCCUCUUCGAGUCCUGAACGCCAGUAACAACAAACUGGUGAAUCUUCCAGAGGCCGUUGGACAGCUGCACGCGCUCAUGGAGCUGGACGUGAGCUGCAACGAGAUCACAGCUCUGCCUCGUCACGUGAGCCGCCUCAAGUCUCUGAGGGAACUGAACGUGAGGAGGAACCUGCUGUGCGUGCUGCCUGAUGACCUGUGUGAGCUGCCGUUGGUGAGGUUGGACUUCUCCUGUAAUAAAGUGUCCACCAUCCCAGUGUCCUACAGAAGAAUGAGACACCUGCAGAGUCUCAACCUGGACAACAACCCUCUACAGAGCCCCCCUGCUCAGAUCUGUCUUAAAGGGAAAGUACACAUCUUUAAGUACCUGAGUCUGGAGGCGUGCCAAAGUGACAAGAUGGCCGACUCUCUGUACCUGCCCAACAUGUCACGCCCAAACACGGGGAGUGUGGAGGACAUGGAGACUCACAGGAAGUUGGACUCAGACUCUGGAGUCGGCAGUGACAAUGGAGACAAGAGACUGUCUGCUACAGAGCCAUCGGACGAGGAGAGCGUCAGUCUAAAUGCACCAAUGAGCCACAUCCGAGAAGAAGGGUUCACCAAAGACGACUCCAGCGACCAACUGAGCUCCAUGACAGAUCCCAACUCUGAUUCGGUGCGUCUGAUUGAAGAGAGUCCAACGGAAACCCUGAGCGAACAGUUCUACAGGGACUCCAGUUUGAGCUCACGAUUCCUCAACUACAUUAAGGGUCGAACAGCAGCGGACUUCGAGGAGCCUCUGAGGAUAGAAGAGGACACUAACUGGACAGCAGAGCCUACGUCCAAAGUCCCUGGGAGCACAGAGAUUCACAUCGACCUCAUUCACCAACUGAAGGAGGCUGUGGAGCUGCUGCAGGAUCCAAUCAGAGCCAGCACAGACCUGUCCGGUGUCCAGCUGUAUCCAGUGGACAUGGUCACAAUCGACGAGGCUCGCAAUGGACAGGAGGCUGACAACUGCACUACACCAAAGAGAAAUGACCGAUCUCCAGUCAGUGGUCCUCCAGCUUUCUCCACUGCACCGUUUGGUCUCAAACCUCGCUCGGCCCCGCCCUCCAUGCCUUGCUCUCCGCCCCCUCGCGGUCCUGACUCCUCCCACCGCUCACAGGACACGCCCCCUUACAGAGACCAUGACGUCGUGGACAUUCACAGUGUGUUUGUGCGCAGCCACCGCAGCCUGGAGUCUGUGGACCCUCAGUUCACCAUGAGGAGGAGGAUGGAGCAGCUGAGGGAGGAGCUGGAGCUCAUGGAACAGCUCAGAGACAGCAUCGAGUCUCGUCUGAAGGUGGUCCUUCCUGAAGACCUGGGCUCCUCUCUCAUGGAUGGAGUUGUUUUGUGCCAUUUGGCAAAUCACAUCAAGCCCAGAUCUGUGGCCAGUAUCCACGUCCCCUCCCCUGCUGUGCCCAAACUGAGCAUGGCCAAGUGUCGGCGAAAUGUGGAGAACUUCCUGGACGCGUGCAGAAGGAUCGGAGUCCCAGAGGACAAACUGUGUCUCCCUCACCACAUCCUGGAGGAGAAGGGCCUGGUGAAACUCUGCGUCACGGUGCAAGCCCUCGUCGACCACACCGCGCUCGGGACGUGAGCAAACCCGGGACAAAAAGCACAAAACGCACACUGAAAAACCCACCAGAGGAAAGGGAGGAAGAUCCCCCGCGGCUUGAGGUCGGCCGUCUCGUCUUCUUCGCGGCGCAGACCGGACGAGCGCCUUUCAAACGGACUGUGUGAUUGCAGUUGUUGUAUUCAGGUAAAACUACAUAAACAGCACUAAAGUUUAUACAGACCGCAGGGACAGUUUCUAUUAUUUUUAUGUGAAUUUUUGAUGGUAAGUUUAGGUUUAAAAAGUAGAUUACUGUGGAAUUAUCAUUAAAGGAACUGUAUAUAAGAUUUUUAUUCUUAAUGAAAUUGCCAUGGUUUCUGAAGUCAAUUUUCCAUUUAUUUUUCUCAUAGAUAUUUAAAAAAAUUCGAUUAUCUAUCUGCAGGUUAAGGCUUUGACAAUGUUCAGUUGUGGUUGUAAAUUUGUGUAUCAUUCGUUCAUUCAUUCUGUUCACAACAGAUAAUGAUUUCGAUUUUUCAGUUUUUGAUUUUGUGUUUAAAUGAAUAAUGGAAAAAAACGGAUAAUGGACAUUUCCCGUUUCCGUGACUUAAACUGCAAUGCCGGACUGAACCAGGACUAAAACAGAACUAAAAUAGGACUGAACCAGGACUAAACCAGGACUGAACCAGGACCGAACCAGGACCAAAACAGGACUAAAAUAGGACUGAACCAGGACUGAACCAGGACUGAACCAGGACUAAACCAGGACUAAACCAGGACCGAACCAGGACCGAACCAGGACUAAAACCAGGACUAACCAGGACCUAACCAGGAAUAAAUCAGGACUGAACCAGAACUAAAACAGGACUAAACCAAGACUAAAUGAGGACUGAACCAGGAUUAAAACAGGACUGAACCAGGACUGAACCAGGACUAAAACAGGACUAAACCAAGACUAAACGAGGACUGAACCAGGAUUAAAACAAGGGCUAAACCAGGGCUAAACUGGUCUCAGUCCUGGUUCUGGUCCUGGUCUGGCCCCAGUCUUAGUCCUGAUCACCUGACAGUCUACGCGAGCACACCUCCAGGUCCGUCCCGACACUCCUGGUUUAGUCUUGUUUCAGUCCGGCAUCGCAGUUUAAGUCACGGAAACGGGAAACGGCCAUUAUCCAUUUUUCCAUUCCAAACACAAAAUUGAAAACUGAAAAAACUGAAUUGUUAUCCGUUUUUUCAUUUUAGUUUUGGAGACAAAUAAUGAAGAAAAUCCUUCUUUUUUCAUUUUCUUAUUUUUGGGUUUAUAUUGAAAAACGAAUGAACGAAUGACACAUGGAUUAUUGUAGUACUUUUUUUUUUUUUAACAGUAAGAGCGCUGGUUUCACACAGUUCCUUUAAAAGUAUUUCACAAUAUUCUACUUUAAAGCUGCAUCGUGUAACUUUCCCGGUGGAGGCUCCGUCAAAUGCUUUUCUCCAUGGAGAUGUUAUUGAUUUGUCUAGAAUGUUUCACAGUAUGGCAUUAAACCUUUCUAUCUUCAUGGAGACCAAACCAGAUCAAGUUACACGUCUGAUCUGUGGAGAGGCGACCCUGCUCACAGUCAAAAUGCCUAGUUUCAUGUUUAUCUAGGUAUUUUUGAGCUAUAAAACCACCUGUACUUGAAUAAAUGUAAAGUAGAGCUGUUUAAUGUCACACUGUGGAACAUUCCAGGAAGAACAAUGACAUCUCCAUAGAAACAAGCAGGUGACAGACCCCCAACCAAAAAGUUACACAGUGCAUCUUUAAUCUUAACAGAAACUGGGAUGAAAUGACUGGGAGCAAUUUUUGAUCCAAGAAAUGGGUCUCAUGUUUUUAUUUAUUCAGUUAGAUUUUGUUUUAUAAUGUCACGAGCAGGAAAAAAAACAUGUAAAUUAUGCAAAAUGCUUUUAAAAUAUGCAAGCACAAAAUCAACUUUUUUGCAAAUUUGGUCAUUUGUAACUUGUAUUUUUCCAAAAAUCUUAAGGCUUUCCAAAAUGUCCUGUUAGUUGCCAAUGGAAAACAAAGAAUAGUUUUAAUUAAUUGAGUGCGAAAUAUUCAGGGAUGGGACGAGACAAAAUUUCCACAAGACGAGACGAGACGAGAUUUUAAUAUAAUUCUUAAUAUGUAAAUUUCACUGUUUGGUUUCCAGUUUCGGGCUCACAGUUUUGUUAUUUUAUUUCAUAGUUUCGUUUCCAUUCUAGUGCUGCUUUUUUGGAACUGUAAGAGACGCAAAUGUAGCCUGAUGGUUUCACUUCGUGGAAACCGUCUGACCUCACAGCAUUAGGAUUCGUUCGCUCGACGGUAGGCGGAUGCUUUUUUUAUUUAAAGGGCCCAUCUCAUGCAAAAUCAACUUUUCCGAGCUUUCUGCUUUCUAAGAGUGAUGUGUGGGCCUUGUAUUUGUCGCCGAAGUGUUUUUUUAGAUUGAUCCAGCGUUUUUUUUUUAACAAAUUGCAGCGUAUUUCUGCCACCCUUCCACGUGACAAUGAACUAAAGCUGCUACAACGAUGACACGGCAGAUACACCUAUGACGCGAUUGACGUAGAAGAAAACACACCCGCCCCGCUCCACCGCCUCCACCCUGACUGCAGUGUGCACAAUAUAAUAAGUUGAUCUACUAGUGUUUAUUAAUACUUUACCAAUCAGUAAUGUUCAGCUGAUGUCGACGCGGUGCUUGAGCUUCGUGCACCUCAAAGUCCUCGUCCGAUUCCAGGUCCAACACAUGCGGCUGAACGCGCUGUAUCUCCAUGAUGAAUAAAAGUUUAUUUCUACCACUGUCAGGGUGCACGUCUGUCUCCCCCUCCCUCCCUGAGAUGGGCGGAGGAAGGGCGGCUCACUCAGAGCCUACGCAAACCCCCAGGUUCCAAAAUGGCCGCCGAUUCAUGUCAAUGGGCCGAGCUCAAUGGCGCAUGAUCCCAGAUUAGCCUAGCCUACUUCCGGUGGCUGUGGGCCGACCGAGCAUGUGCAGUAGUGCUCUUUUUCUCCCGCGGGCACAUGCGAAUGCAUGCGAACGCACGCACGGUGCACGAGUUCGUGUAUCACGUGCUCGCUUUGACCAAUCAGAGUGAGAGGAGCUAGAGCGGAGCAGAGCGGAGCCGGAGCUAAUGAUUAUAAAGCGUUUGUUAAGACAACUGAAGGAUUUUGAGCUGAGAAAAAGCGUAUGAUCUAAAAAUAGGUAAAAAUCACCACAAAAUCCGACAUUUUUUAAAGUUGUAGAU